UCCCCGUGUCUCAGCGAGGGACACCUGUUGAAUGCGGCCGGGUGGGUAGCUACGUUGAGAGGGCGGAGCUACGACGUAAAGCCCAUAUUUGGGCUGCCCCACCUCUUCGAAUUAACGCCAUCUGUUCCACUUUGCGUCGCUGAAAUCCGAGCUGCUAGACGAGAAGGAAGUAGCGAGGCAAGAGAUGGUAACCAUGAGGAUUCGGACAGAAUACAUGAAGAAAUUUAAAGAUCCCAAAUGGGAAUCCUACUCCAAGUGUUAUGAGGAGUUGUUCAGGUACCGGAUGGCCCGGAGGCUUCUAGAGCACAGCCACAACCCUUGGUUCUGGAGCGGAUCCGACACCGACUCCGAUGUUAGCGAAAGCCCUACGCAGUCGAACAAAAAACCCACAGAAACUGUAACCGCAGGAGACCGACCAGAUGCUGAAGAAUAUGAACAAUGUAGGGAAGACGGUAGAGUCCGGCAGGGGAGGCACAGGGUAACUCUUCCGGGUAGCACAGAAACGGUACCAAAGAUUCAACUUCCAGAAGAGGUUGAGGAUGCGUCUCAUACGACCUCUGCUGCCAACGGAGGCCAACGUGAGGGUGUGGCCGAGUUAAGGCCCCAAGUGGAGGAGGAGAGCGAGGAGCAGAGGGCCAACAGUAGAUGUAGUAAUCAACCACCAACUCUUGCAAAGCAACCUGACCAAGAAAGAGUUUCCCGCCACCCAGAGCGGGUGAAGACCGCCUCCAGGUCUACUAAAGCACCUCAGCUUGUUAAGAGAGUGAGGUCUGCGCCGAAGCACAGGCCUCGGGACGAGAGCAUGGAGGGCCGGCAUCCCUUUGCCCUGUACGGGCAGGGGGAGCGGGCUGCCGACAUGGCUGCCAAGAGGACUCAUAAUGUGGGUCCUGCGGCCUCCACUGGGGAGAUCCAUGAGUCAGCACUACGAGCCAAGACCAGGCGGGAUGUAGAGCGUCUUCUCCAGACCCAGCGAGUCGAGCACCGAAGAGCGAAAUCUGCUGACCUGGACAAGAAAAGAACCGGGCCAGAACAGCCGGAGUUCAACCCCUGGCUGACGGAGUACAUGAGAUGCUUCUCCGCCCGUGCACGGUAGAACAAAUGGAUGGACCAACAGUGUGGUCCCCAAAGACUAAAACACACACGCACACACAGACACAGACACACGUACACCAGCAUCCUUUGUAGAUUUACAGGUUGUGUCUAUAUUAGAAAAAUAUAAAUUGUUAUUGAAUUGCGGUUUUAAUGUUCUUAGCGUUUGCACAGUGUGUCUGUCAGACUGCACAUCAUGUAGGUAUUUUUAGUCUUUGUUUCGUUAGUAGAGUAGUUUAGAUAAGAUCAAAAGCUUUUCAUUCGGGAUAUCGUGGUUGUGGAUGAUGGUUUUCUAUUUCUGUAUAUUACAACACACAUAAUGUAUUUUAAUCAAUGGUUAAGAACAAAAAUGGUUUUCCUCCUGUUAUUGUACAGAAUGAAAUGUAUUUGGUUUGAGAUUUCUUUUUUUGUGACCUGAAUAAUAGUGUUUGUAUAGUUAAUAUAAUGUGUUACACAAUUCUUUUCAACCAAGUAAUUUGAUGUGAAAAGAGGCAUUCCAUGAGCGCUGAUAUAGGGUUUCAACAGCUUUGGGACUUUUAACUAUACAUGCAUCACUCCGCUUUACAGAUGUUUAUAAUUAUCAUUAAUUAAUCCAACAAUCGUGAACUGUAAACUCAUUGGCAUCACACAUGCUACCAAGAGACUGUCAACAUUCUCUAAUUUCACUGGUUUCACAAUAAAUGGAAACCUACAGAUAAAUGUACAUGAUACAUUCUAGAUACAUAGUAGCUGGCCUACAAUAACUGUAGACCUACACAAAGUAGCAAGCUAGUGUGCAGGAAAAUGUUUGUGUUGCUUGGCAACAGUCCAGUCCCAGUCGAGUUGCAGAACGUUUUGUGCUGGCGGAGCCGAACAAAUGAUUAAACAAACAAAUCCUAA